GCCGGGGAGUGCGCAUGCUCGCGCCGCGCUGCGCGUCUUCGCUCGCGAGUCCCAGUACGCAGGUACAAACACGGAGCCGCGUAUCGCGACGUACGUCGGUCGGUCAGAGUCGAAAAUCGCGAAGCCGUCCGGUCGGAGUUCCGCAAGCGACUCGCCAAGGUCGUUGGAAAAGUGCGGGCGACCCUCGGCCAAUGGCGCGGCCGGUCGGCGCGCGAGCGCCGCGCUGAUUGGCCGGCCAAGGGCGGAAGCGCGGGAGGGGAGGCGCGGGAGUCCCGCGGUGAAAAGAGAAAGGAGGCAGCCGGCGGCGAAGAGCGGACGAAGAAGGAGAACCGGAGGGAGCCGAGGAACGCGGAGGAGCGCGAAACCCGAGAUCGAGGAACGAGGAAGCGGACCGAGAGAGAGAGACUGGCGACCGUGCGCCGCGAGGAGUGCCGAUCGAUAGCGAGGCGGUCGCCUAGUAGCGGCCGCCGCGGCGAACCUAACCUACAAGCGCUUCGAUUGGAUCCCCCUGGCUUAUCGACCCGGCAACCUAACCUGCGUCGCCUGACCGCGUGCCGCCGCAAGGAAGCCCCCGCACCGCUGCACAUACCAGAAGAAUCUUAACCUACAAACCCCACUCACUGAGUGUUUAGACGAAAUACAAAAACUCGCGGAUUUUCGAGAUCCUUCUCGACCGCGUGCCGCCGCAAGGCCCCCACUCCGCUGCACAUACCAGAAUAAUCUUAACCUACAAACCCCACUCAUUGAGUGUUUAGACGAAAUACAAAAACUCGCGGAUUUUCGAGAUUCUUCUCGACCGCGACGCCGGCCGCCGCUCCCGGAAACCGUUGUCGCGAAAACGCGCGCCGAAAACCUCGGGGAAGAGGAGCCGCGCGUUUAUUUUUAGCGGUGGCUCGGCGUGAAAUCGCGUCGCGAGAACCGGUUCCGAGUCCUCCGCGGGGAGGCGCACGAACUCGGGCUGGAAUACGAGGGCGGGGAGCGGAGGUGAAAGGACGAGGAACGCGAAGUCGGCCGCGGACGUAGGGGGAGGCCGGACCGCGUGGGACCACCGUCGCGACGCUUGGAAUUUACUACCGGCCUCUCUGUACGGAACCGCCGCCUAUGCUCGCCGGGUUCGUCUUUUCGACGGUGCCGAAUACGAUUUUUCGACGACUACCGGCGCGUCCGGAAUGCCAAGCCGACGUCCUCGAAGGACGCUCAACGAGGGAACUCCAUGGUAAGUCUUGGGUGAUUUGCGACACCGAUGAGUCCGCGUGACGCAAAUCCCCAUGACCGUGCCUUCCGACGAACAAGGGGACCGACCUAACCUCUACGCGCCGAUUUUCUUCGUUCGGGUGGAGAGGAAGCUCCGGAGGAAUGGACGGUAACAAGAGGAAUGCUGACUGAAAAGGACCCUGCCGAUGCCCGGGUGUCGACGCGGCAUUGACUUUCUCGAUGUCGUAAACACCCAUGACGCGGACGGCGAUGCGCUGGGAGGAAAAGUACACCAGGGUCGCCGGUCUCGUCGAAGACGUCGGCGCAGUGCGCGAGUGAGCCCAGCCUAGAGGGAGCGCAGGUUCCUGGUGAAGUCGGCGAGGGAUCUUUCCGGAAUGUUGGAGCGACACCGGUAAGCAUCGCUGCGGUGUAAACUACGAGGGAAUUUCUGGAUACAUCCAGCGAGGGAAUUUCUGGAUACAUCCAGCGAGGGAAUUUCUGGAUACACCCAGGAAGGAAAUUUCUGCACACACCCAACGAGGGAUGUCCUCCAACGCCACAUCUAUUAGAAGUAAUCUUGACCUGGCGGAGGUUACCCGAUCGACUUAAAAAUCGACGCGGGGAAUCUCGACUGGAUAAGAGCAACUAGGAUAAGCGACUCGAGGAAAGCGAUCGAUUCGUCAAGGUCGACUCGCUUUCCACGAUAACGAGGGAAAGUCGGAUAGACGAUCGAUAUCCUCGGGUGUCGAGUACUCGCUGGCAUGUGUCGAGACCUCGACGUAGAGGCCCAUUGCUGGCGAGCGACUUGAUACCUGCGACCACGAGUACCUGCAGGCUCAGGUGCCCCCGAUGCACCUGCAGAGGGUACCGGGGACUGGCAGGAAGAGUCAUGAGGCGCCCCGGGUGAGGUCCUGGAAUUGUCCUGGAUACCAGGCAGGAGGGCCCUCCCUGGGGCCUCUACGCUGCCUCGGCUAGCGAGUGACGACUUGCCGUGCCACGGCAUGAAGAAUGGCCGAUUCGAGCUCUCGUCAAGGUGUGCGCGCCGUCGUCGAGACGCCCGCCGACGCUCGGAGGUCCGAGAGGCGCGCCCUUGCAGCGCGUGGAGCCGCUGGGGCCCUCGCCCUCGGCGUCGUCGCUCUCGUCCUCCAGGCUGCUGCUACUGCCACCCCAUCCUGGGGGUACUAUCGCAAUCCUGACGCUGGGCCAGGAGCGGAAAAUGGCUACUUCGGUCCUUGGAGGCAGUGCAAACUUCUUCUUUACGGUCGAGAGAGAUGCGGCCACGACGUCUCCCGAUUCGAGCCAGUUCUGGCCGUCUGGGUGGCGGGCCUGGCCGCGGCCGGAGCUUCCGUCCUACUCGCCGGCUUCGUGGGCCUCACCGUCCUCCAGCUCGCCAUGGCGUCCUCGGCGAAAAGGAUGUUCAUGUCUUACGGAGCUGCGCUCAUCGGAAAGGUCGCCAUGGCCACGCUGGCGACGUCGCUGGCUAUUGUGGCCUCCAGCCUGUUCGCCUUGCAGACGGACGACAGAGCCAACAGCUACAUCGUCAGGAGGGGCGAAGGGUUCUACAUGCAGCUCGCGGCGAUAGCACUGAACUUCAGUGUUCUGGUUGCAGCCAUUUACGAGGGCAUUUACGCGAGGCGAGGAGGCGACCCGACGAGGCUCAGGGAAGUUCCCGAUUCGCGAGCGGCGACCAUAAACAACCCCGGAUAUCGGGAACAUCGGCACCCCACCAACGGAGGAAACAUUUCCAUGACGGACUCCAGCGGUAAGCCUUACGCCGGCGGCGCCGGAAACGGGUCCAUGGCGUCGGUCGCGACUUCCGGGAGCGUCGCGAGCACGGCAUCGCCCCUGAGGAGUUCCCUGAAGAAGCCGAAACCCCUCGGCAUCCACAAUCCCGGGUUUUCGGCACACAGUCCGACCCUCUCGAGGAAUGGCUCCCAGAAAAAGGUCCGCAUUCAGACGCACUCGACGGAGGUUUGAAGACCCCGAAGAGGUCCCUGAAGAGUCUCUCCUUCUGCCUCUGGCGAUAAUCGGUAGGGCUAAUCGAGGUCGCCUCGAGUCUGGAAGACAUGUGCGACCAUGUGAUAUCAUUUCACAAGGUAAUUCUUCUUUUUUCUUUUUCUUUCUCUUCCUCUUCUCGCCACUUUUAGCGGACCAAAAGUCGUCGUUGUGGUGAUCGUAAAACUCAGAACUUAUCGAAAAUGCCCGACAAUAAGAAAAGAGGAGAAUCGCUCCUCUUGAGAUUUCCGUCCCGAUGAGAAGCGAAUCUCUCGACUUUUAUGACGUCAAUUGUUGUGUUCUAAUUUUAUUUCUCCAUUUUUCGUUUUAUUUCAUCCUCGGCGAUGGCCGGGGACGACAAAGGACGAACUGGACGCAGACCUCACAUUCGAUGGGUACUUUUAACUAAGACGAAUUUUUUACUCUCAACCCCUCGAUUGGAGAGAAAAAAAAUCCCCCAAAUAUUCACACGUUUGGUAAAUAAUUCCCGAUGUAAUUUCCAAUUGUCGCCGACAUGUCGUACGCCAUUUUGAAAGAAUUCAUCGAACGCCAAACGAGGUCCGUGUCUGCCGGGAAAAGUAAUACUUAUUAAGAUAGGAAAAGUGUAUCCGUCCAGCCCUCGUAGGCAGCUAGCCGUGAAACGGCGAACAGAGAGCUAUAUAUGUAUAUUAUACACGAUUAUAAAUAUAUAUAUAUACAAAUACAUUGAUAUAAAGAUAUUUAUAUUUUUACUAAUUGUUAUAGCUCGUAGAGACGCGCGAAAAAGAAACGAGCGGAACGUUUUCUUGAGUCCGUCCUUACUCCCUUUUCUUUUCUUUUUUUUUUAACGGAGUUUUAUUAUCCUCGUUGCUUUUGACAUUGUUAUUAUCAUGCGACCGCCGGUGUAUCGCUUAAAAGGUUUUUUUUUUUAAAUGUUUGGAAUUGUUUCGAUCAUUAUUUUCGCCGAGACGUUGUCGUUGACUUCGGACUUCUCAAGUCUCGUUUUCUUCCUUCUCUUUUUGACUUGGUAGUAUUUAUCCCGUAGCUGUUCUUUUCGUAUGAUUUCUCGAAAUUAUGAGUAAAAUUGACAAAUAUCUUUCCUAGCUGUAAGCACCCUAUUUAUUUCGUCGCGCACCUUAAUGUCGGUGAUUACAGUUACGACGUAACGAGCGUGGUGUACUCGUUCGUGUGGAAGGGCCCAUUUCGGUUUUUUACUGACUGGAAGUAACUCGGCCGAAGGUUUCCUUGAAAAGGAAAAUCGUCUUGGAAAGGACGCACCUCCUUUGCAAUGACCGAUCUUCGAACGACGCGAGUCCUGGAAAAAAAAAAUGAAAAACGUUCACCGACGGCUGGAAAAAAUUAAAGAAAUUAUAAACAUCAAAAUUCGACAUUUUUAAUUUCAACCUACCAAACAUCUGGAUGUAAAAUUGAGGAGACUACAACUAGGAAAAGAUCGACGACGGGGUAAUAAAAUUCUUCCGUCAGAGGGAAAAUAAUUAUCAGAGGGUUGAAUUAUGGAAUUUUUGUUUUCCUUUUUAUCAUCUUUUGUCGUAUCGAGCGGUUUAACUCGGGACUGAAUAAUUUGAAGGUUACUUCGGGGAACCAUUUUGAUGAAUAUCGACCCCGGAAUUACUGGCCUUGAGGGGUCAGGGGUCGUAUUAAUCUCGGGGGUGAAUUUCGCGGAGUCCUUUGAGGAAAAAUUGCGCAUUGAAAUUGGCCGAUAAAGGAAAUGGGCUUUAUCCUCGGAAUAAACUUAUCCGGGGGAAAUUAUUCUCCCUUCGCGUAAAUCCAUCCAAGUCGUAGAUAAAUCCUCCACGUUCCAAUAAAAGAGCGCGUUCAUCGGAAUUACUUUAAACCCCGAAGACGAGACGCGUUUCUGGAGAACUUCGUUUUUUCCAAGAUGGCGGCCACGCGGUUUCAUCCAUAGCAAUUUUAAAGCGCUCCGAUAUCGCUCAGAAGUCGAUACCUGGGCUCGAAAGUAAUGAAGAAGAAGCACCGAGGACCUUAAGCUUUGUACGCUUGUGUAGCGAGUAUGUAAAUGGCUGUGCGUGCGUAUGAUGUACGUAUAUACGUGCAGUACCGCUCAUACAUAUCGAGACGCUCGGUGAAAUUCCUGAAUUUCAAGAAUGUAUAAAGAACACGAAACUAUGAAAUAAAUUACCGUUACCAGAAAGGCUCGGUAAAGUAAUAAAUACGUAUUAAAUAAAUUCCUUAAUAGAUUAAUGAGUAGUUAAAAAAAAAGGCAAAAAGUGUCAUAGCCCCCUUACGUACCGAAAUUGUAUGAGCGGUAAUGGACGUACACAUGGCGGAUCACGAGAAAUCCUGUAAAUAAUCCUGUAAAUCUCAUUUUUAUCCGCAAAACGAGCAUUAACGAAUCGGCAGCCAAGUAAGUCCGUUGUUUAAUAGAGAAGUUUAUAAGUGCGAGAUUGUACCGGAGUAAGUGCGCGAGGUUGAAGAAUAAAUUGAUCGAGCAAUA